UGCCCCGUUGACAAGACUGGCCUCGGUCGCGCCACCUGGACCCUCUUGCACACAAUGGCAGCCUACUAUCCUAAUCAUCCCACCUACGAACAGAAGGCUUCCAUUGAGCAAUUCUUCAACUCCUUCGCCCAGUUCUACCCCUGCAAGUAUUGUGCAAUGGACUUUCAAAAGAUGGGGGUCAGCUCAAAAAAAUGGCUCGGCUCAGUCUGUCAGAACAUGAAACUGGUUCUUAAACCUCCGAUAUUCGGCCUCCGGCGUUCGCGAGAAGAAUGGGUUGAACUUUCCACGUCUGCUGCCACGGAUCAUUACGCGUGGAGGAGCACCAUACGGGACAUCAUCGUGGAAGCCAGCUAG